CUUACAGUGUCUCUGUAGGGUUUUGAUAGAGCAGAUUUUUUCCUUUUGCUGAGUUGCACACUGAUUAGCACAGGAAAUCUUCGACCCUUUCGGUUACUGCCAACACGUCUUAACCGCUAUAUAACCGCCUCUAAACCCAGUGCAUGAUAAACAUUACAAGGUAGAGCAGGAACCACAUCAAUACGUAGUCCUUACAAAAACAAUCUGGAAAAAAAUACAACGGAUGUACACAUCCAAAUAGAUAUCUUAAUAUUUUAAAAGAAUCUGAAACCAGAAAAUCAAAUCAAUAAUCUCUAAUUAUGCAACUAUUGUCUACACAACAGAAAUUCAGCUCAGACCUCUUCACACUGAUAAAAAAGUUUCAUGAAAUUUUGUGUUUAUGUUUCACCUGCCUAAAGGUGCGAUAACAUCUACCGUUGUUUCGUGGGUGAAAUCCAGUCAUUUUGAAAGCUUUCUUCAUGAUGUGGAAAUAGACUUAAAACGAAACUUUUCGCAAUGAAUUCAGGUUGGCCACAUGGAUUUGCCACGGUGACCAACAGAAAGCUGCCUAGUUUCAUGUUUCAGAAAAAUGUAUGGUACCCCUGUAAGCACCAGGAAACCACAACAGCUCGGUAGACUUUUCAAAUAAGCUCUGCACCUUUCACACUCUUAUUCUUCAGUUUGUUGCACAGAUGAAUAACAAAAAUAAAUCUGAACAACUACAUCAUUUUUCUCACUUCUUUUUUUUAACUGCAUUGCACGUAGAUUUUUGUCUUAGCCUCGCUAAGAGGAACUGAUUAUGCGUAUAUGAGAAAACAGCUUAAACAUUAUUUAUUCCCAUGAGAAGAGAUUUCAUGACAAACAUUUGCAUUAAAUUUACACCAUCAAUUGUUAAGAAAAAACAGUUUAAAUACUAACACUCAUGACCCAAUCAGCAAUAAACCAAGUCCCUCUUAAAUAUCUAUACUGACGUGGUGGAAAUAAAAACUCCAGCAAUUUGCAUUUCAGAAAUAUACGUUUAAGAAAACAUGUCUCUCUGUGAUAAAUUUAACGUUUUAAGGAAAUAGAGAGAGAGAGAGCCUGUUAUUGCAGUUUGUGGUUUCUCAGCAUGUGACAUGCUAGGUUUUCUCUACUUUGCCCAUCACUUGUGCACAGAUGGCAAACAGCACAGAGGUGGCACUCUCUGAAGUUACAAUGAGCUUCACGAGCGAUUACAGCUCCACGAGCGAUUACAGCUCCACGAGGGAUUACAGCUCUGCUCACGUUUUUCCAACAAACUUCACAGAUGAGUAUGACUACUACACCAUUCCCGAUGAAACGAUGGACAUGACAUUGCUGCCCAUGUCCAAUAUCUACAUUCCUGUGCUGUACAUCAUCAUGUUCCUCACUGGCUUCUUUGGGAACCUGUUCGUUAUUGUGGUCAUCGGCAAACGGCGUAAGAACAAACGUCUUGUGGACACCUUUGUGAUGAACCUGGCGUUGGCCGACCUUGUGUUUGUCUUCACGUUGCCGUUGUGGGCGGCUUCGGCCUAUUAUGAGGAGUGGCCCUUCGGUGAGGCCAUGUGCAAGAUCAGCAGUUUCAUCAUUGCAGUCAACCGCUUUUCCAACAUCUUCUUCCUCACCUGCAUGAGCGUAGACCGAUACCUGGCUGUGGUGCGUCUCAUGGACUCUCAGUAUCUGCGAAGCAGCAACUGUGCUCAGAUCACUUGUGGCGUAGUGUGGAUCAUUUCUUUCUUCCUAGGAAUUCCAUCACUGGUGUACCGUAAGCUGGUAGACGAAAUGUUGUGUUCGGAGGAUUCGAAAUCCCCUUUCGUCCAAGGAAUGAAUCUUCUGACCAUAUUUCUAACCUUCCUGCUCCCUGUACUGAUUCUCUGCCUCUGCUAUGGGUCGAUUUUGGUUAACCUGCGGCGUCACUGCCACACCGCCGCAAACUCACGCGCAGAAGCCAGAAGACGGCAUUCGGUCAAGAUCGUGUUCGCCAUAAUCGCUGCCUUUUUGAUCUCCUGGCUACCUUUUAAUUUGUUCAAGACCAUCCAGGUCAUCCUACUGAUAAAAACAGGAGAGCUCAGCAGCGAAACAAGGGAGAUCAUGAUUAGUGGACUCACGCUGUCCUGCUGCCUGGCAUUUCUCAACAGUUGUGUAAAUCCAGCCAUCUACUUCUUUUUGGAUCAGCAUUUCAGGCGCAGAGCUUUGAACCUCUGUGUUAGCUGCCUGGUUCAAGGAGAUGCGAACCACAGCUACGUCUCAUCUAAUUCCCUCUCUAAUGGCACAUCUGAGACUUAUCCUGGAAGUACAUCGACCCGCGGGCGGCUUUUUUCACUUACUCUUAAAGACUGAAACUUGCUUUUCAGUUUUCAGCUCUCUUUCUUUAUCAGUGAAACUAUCAAAAAAAGCUGACGUUAAGAUCUUUAGUUUUAAGCAUUUGCUUAAAUCAGAUUUUAAUUAAUCAUUUAGAGCAUUUAAUAUGAGCAUUACAUAAAUUCUUACAUUUCUGAGCAAUGUAUACACAGAUUAUGCAUUAAACAAUUUAGUAAUGUAUACAUUUUGACAAAAAAUAUUCAGUAAUUUAGAAAACAUCAAUCUACUUGGUCAUUGUGCAGUGUGAAUUUAGCUACAAUCAUAAAUAUCCAGACUUUGUGUUUAUAGGCUUCUAGCAACUUCUAGCAACAGUUUCUUUUUUAUAUGUACAUGUCAAUAUAUGCUAAAUCAUAAAAUACUGCAUAUGAUUUUGCAUUUAUGUAUAAUUUUUGAGCAAUGGUCUAUACAUUAACUAAUUUCUUACAUAAAAAUACAUUAUGCAUGGUGAACAUAUCACUUACUGUACAAAGAUUAAUUCAAAUGUACUGCAAGCAAUGAGAGCAUUCACAUACUUUUUAUAGUAAUCUUAAUCAGUCAUCUAGAAAGCCUCAUGGUUAUUAUAUAGUGAUUUAGUUAAAAUAUUCCUAGAUACAAUUUUAAUAUAAAUGUUUUCUUUUUAUAUUUACUUGUGCAUGUAUGUGAUGUAAUAAAAUG